CGUCCAUUCACAAAUCUCUGCAGCGCCGAAACAGCAGGUGAAAAGUCGGCCCGGGAGAGUCACGCCGCGCCGGAAUAACCGCCCCGUCCGUCCGCUCUGAGCAACUUGUUGCGCAGCUGCUAUUUCCCGACCCGCUCCCGCGGUCCCCACUGCCGCGGGGGGCUGCUCGCGGCUCAGCCGCUGUCGUGCCUCGUCGGCUGCAUGCGCGGCGAUAUCCUCGUGUGCGGGGCGGGAGACACAACGCGGGCGACGCGGCGACUUCGGCUCAGAAGCCACGUUUCAGUGUGCGGGCCGUUAAGAAAGAUGAGGCUCGGCGCCGCGCGCCAGCGGGAUCGUGUGACCUCGUUGUAUGGCUCUUUUGCUGGAGUCCUGUUGCCUACGGUGAAUUCUGGAGUCCCCCGAAUAUGAUCCCAGAGACAGGGGAUGCGAGUCAUGAGCCGGACGCGUCCUUGCCACGGACCAGACUGGGGCCACAGCCUCCUCUGCCUAACUCUACUCCUGUGGACCAGGCGCAUGAACGGACUGGCUGACUUCUCAAACUACCUGUCCCGGAUCAUCAUCAGUCACUCCGCUCACGCCUGUGACGGGCAGCCUCUGCGACUCCACUGUCCACGACACUCCACCAUCUCCAUCCAGUCGGCCUUCUACGGCAGCGGCGAGGCGUGGCGGUGCAAGGCAGACCCGGACCCUCCGCUCCGAGCCGCCCGCAACCACAGCUGCUCAGCUUUUACUGCUCUACAGAAGCUGCUGUCUGAGUGUCAGAGCCACAGGGAUUGCCAGCUACCUGUCAGUCACCUGCUGUUUGGGAAGGACCCCUGCCCCGGCUCGACCAAAUACCUCCACGUGGACUACAAGUGUAAACCCACUGAAUACAGAAGACAUGUGGCGUGUGAGGGAGAGACCAUGGUCCUGCGCUGCAAGCCCUCCAGGGUGCUGAACAUCUACGCAGCUGUCUACGGCAGAGGUCUGGGCCAGACGGACACCUGCCCCUCACACCUGACGAGACCACCCCCGUUUGAGUGUCUCAACCACGAGGCCGUGCACUUGGUGUCCGAGUCCUGCUACGGCAAACCGAAGUGUGUUGUUGCCAUCGGCAACCAGACCUUUAGGGACCCCUGCUUUCCAGGAACCAGGAAGUACCUCAGUGUGGUGUAUUCUUGUGUACCGCAGACCUUACUAAGGGAGGCAGACCCGAACAUAUUCAGCUCCACCUCAUCUCCUACCGUGGACACAGAAAAAGUAGAUCCGGAGGAGCCUUUCUCCAAAGGGUCGAGAAGGCCAGACAACUCAGGAGAUAUGAUGAGCGACUCCCUCCUGACCUAUGUCUACGUCAAAGAGCAUCCAGAAAUGGCAGCUCUGCUCUUCACCUCCAGCGUGUGCGUUGGUCUUCUGCUCACCCUGCUGGCUGUGUCGGUCCGGGUGACCUGCAGAGGGCGCCGCCCCGGGGAUCACAGACUCCCGUCCAAGUCUCGCAGCCAGACUGCCGACUGCCGGGAGGAUGAGGAGGAGGAGGAUGAUGAUGAUGAUGAUGAUGAUGAAGGAGAAGAGGAUGAGGAUGACGACGACGACGACGAAGAAGGAACAGAGAGCUCUUUAAUCUCAGCGGCGGAGAGGAAGGCAGUGUACGGCUGGGAGGAGGUGACUUAUGUGAGCGAGGCAGCCGAACGGGCAGAGAGGAUUGAGCGCAGAGAGAUGGUCAUACAGGAGAUUCGGAUGAAUGCAUAUCUGAAUGGCAGCUCAUGUUAAAUAAACCUGGACCCAUGGAUGCUUUUAAGCACCAGCCUUUGAUUAUUGACAAUACGAGAAACUUUUUUUGGACAUUGCAAAGCAAUUUGUUGCCUGUAUUGCCUUUUUUUUUUUUUUUUUUUGCAGGAGCUUUCAAUUUGUGGAGAACUUAAUGUUUAUAUAAA